AGGAUCAGGGAAAACAGGAACUAUUUUAUCAGGUUCAUCUAUAGCAUGUGCUUCCGCUUGUAGUAAUUGGCUUUUGAUAAAUACUGAUAUUUCCUACAUAUUUUCCACAUGCCAUGAACUAUAGAUGAGAGAUACAGUAAAACUAUUUUCUCUUAAAAAUCAAGUUUAUCUGCAUGGAUAAAUAUUUAAAAGUAAAUAUAUAUUAUAAUGCUCAAGCAAUGAUGAAAGGAUAAAUAAUUUAAAUUGACUUAUUUUAAAGAAAGCAAAUUUUUCGAAUUUUCAUAAAACUUCAAAAAGUUCCUAAAAAUGGAAAUCUAUAACAUAUGUCGAUUAAUUUUGAUACUUGUUCUUUUUCGAGCUUCAGAUGCUGAGGUUUCUUUAAAAGAAGUAAAUUGUUCUUCAGCAGUUUCUGAUUGCCCUCCGGAUAUCACCUGCAGAGUUAAUUGCAAUGAUGACUGUAUUAAAAAUGAAGAGGAUGUCUUUGGAACUGUUUUUUAUCCUGAGUUUUCACCUAUUUGUAAAUCAGCUAUCCAUGAUUUUCGAAUUUCUAUGUGGAAUUCUUCAGAAAGGACUGUCACUUUCCAACGAGAUCAACCAAAAAAUGUAUUCUUUGGAUCCAAGCGAAUGCACAUUUCUUCCAAUUUGAAAGAUGUUCAUGAAGCAGGAGAUGCCAUUUCUAGCUAUAAAUUCUUGAGCCCUUACAUCUCUGAAAAUCUCUUGGAUGUUGCAUCACUUCAUACAGACUAUUUGUUUGGAGAAAAAGGAUUACAUAACCAGUUCUGUUUUGUUAGUAAAAAAAGUACAAAUUUAAAAUUUGAUCAAUAUUGCAAUACAAAUAUUGAGAAACCAUGUGUACUUCUAGCUACUAGAGGCGGUGUGGGCUUAUUACAAGCAGAGUGGAAAGUUGAAACUAAAAAUGAUGAAAAGUUAAAUGCUGGAUACCAAUGUUUUCCAGAAAAUAAGACAUUGUCUACAUUAACAUCUUUAGCUUUUAGAAAGGAUGCAUACUUUUAUCCUACCACAUUAACAAAAACUGUAAGUGUGCAUGAAGAAGUCACUUUGCAGAUGACUGAAAAUGGGGUUUGUGGAGAUAAAGCUACUGUUUGGAGAAAAGAUAGAGGUCAUGCAAUAACACAAGAUGUCAGCCGAACUUCAAUCUUUUUUCCAAAAGUUGAAGUUGGUCAUGCUGGUAUUUACAGCUUGGAGUGCAGCAAUUCAGAUGUCAGCAGAGCUGGGUUUGUUCAUCUUAUUGUCAGAGCAUGUCCUAAUGGGAAGCAUGGUAACCUUUGUUCCAAAGACUGUCCUGAGUGUUUAAAUGGGGGCAUAUGUCAUGAUUUAAAUGGAGAGUGUGUAUGUCCUCCAGGAUUUUAUGGACCAAUGUGUGAAAAAGCUUGUCCCUCUGGUACUUUUGGAAGGAAUUGCAACAUGAAAUGUUCCUCAAGUCCUUUUGCUGAUGAAAUGGCAUGUAAAGGAGCUUCAAUAUGUUUACCUCAUCCAUAUGGCUGCUCUUGUGGUGCUGGUUUCAAAGGAAUAUUUUGCAAUGAGACUUGUAAACCUGGUACUUUUGGAGCUGGAUGCACUGAGACGCGCCAGUGCCAUUGUUCUAAUGGAAAAGGUUGUGAUAUUUUUACUGGCUCUUGUGAUGGAGAGUGUGCUGAUAAUUGGUUUGGCAAACAUUGUGAUAAUUAUAUGGCUGCAUUGUCCUUUGAUUCACCUUCAUCUUCUGCUGUUAAUUUAACAUGGAAAGCACCAUCUGAAUUUAUUCUACUGUUAUUCUUGGUUUAUUCUACAUUGAAUAUCAGCAUCCUGGGUGGAAUCAAGUUUUUUUAGAAUUGCUGAAAGGCUUCAGUAGAUUGUAAUAAUAUAUCUUUUAUAUUAGAUAAAUUUGGAGACUUUUCUAUUUUUCUUAUAGUAGAAUAAGAUUGAAUCUGAAUACAGUGCUUUAAAUGACAGUAAAGUAUAGGAAGUUAUUGUGUAAAUAUCGCUGAAGUAACUGGAAAUUAUUUUUGUAUUCCCUUCUUGGCUUAUUUGUUUAUUCUUCCUCUCCAUAUUCAUCAAAGAUUUAAGUUAGCUAUUUUUGCUGAUUGGUUUUAAUGGAAAUAAAUGAUCUACAAAUAUAGAAAUUUGGUUUUAUUUAUUAAAAAAAAUGUAAAUAUGUCCCCCCCCCCACAUUUUU